AUGCAGCUCCUCAUGCGGCUCUGCGGCCUUUUCCUCGCCUCGCUGUCGUGCGUCCACGCCGCGGCCCCGACGGCCACGGACCGUUGUCCCCAGGGCGAACCGACGUGGCCCGACUUGAUCCGAAACGUGUCCACCUUCGACGACGGACGCCGAGAGCUGUCGGACAGGGGCCUCGACUGCGGCCGCACCGACGAUGGGGAUUAUUGGUGCGCGCCGCAAAGAUCCGCGGACGGAGAUGGAGACUGGCAUCGAUUCGACAGGCUGUCGAUACGAGUGGACCUGGGCGUCCGAGACAACGACAAGCAAGAAUACAACCUCGACGCUUACUUUGGCGACGAGAGCAUCCUCAAAACCGGCGAUGAAGCCCACCUCACCAAGCUCGUUCGCAACCUCAAGGGUGGAGAGGUUGCCGUCGUCGACGUGGCGCUGCCGGCCGUCUUCGGCACCAAGACGCCCCCCCCUCCGUGCGCUUCAGAAUUUCAAGAUCGUGCAGAACCCGACGAAAAAGAGCGGUUUCGUCAUCCUCGGUACGCCGGCCCGAUGCCUCCCUUCCUCCCGCGCAAGCUGAGCCCUUUUCUUCCCCUUCCCUCCUUGCAGUACCACGAGAUCAACCGUCGGGUGCACACAAAAGCCGUGUCGGACUCUUUCGCCUGGAUGUUUUACAAUGUCGUCUGGACCGCGCCGUUGGAUUUCCGCUUCUGGGCUGGCAUCCUAUACAACUCGAGUAAACGGCGUGAACCGGCGAUGCUCGGCGCCGCCGGGGGAGGCGUGCGAGAAGACGUCGCCGAGAAGGCAACGGCCGAGGGCCUGUGUCGUGCCCCCAUCGCCGCGCUGCGUCGGGCCGGCUGGUUCCGGGGGGCGGGAGCAGAUGUCACCGCCACCGCAAGGCAGCCACCCAGCGAGCACCAGCCACAGCAGCCGGCAAUGGGACCCCGGCUUGGAAGCGAGCGGCACCCCUCAACCACGUGGCGGCGUGGCAUCGGCACCCGCGUGGGCGCCAGAAUGACUCCAGCAGGGCCGACUUGCAGUACUGGCUUCGCUCUCCGCGCACGUGUGCACACGCUUGAAAUAUUCCCUGCACCUGCGUGUCUUCCAAGCGUGGUUGUGCACAGUCACGUGCCGGGCUGCUUACUGUACUUUACUUGGGUGCCUGGUACCGGCCGCGCCCUGACCCUGGACGGCACGUGCCGUGGUGUCAGUAAGUAUUACGCCGUACGGAGUACUUGCAAAUUGCACCGUCAAUUUUGCCCAGUGACUGUGCGGUACUUGCAUCUCGGGCACGGCCAGUACUUGCGUGCGCACCCACAAGUCAUUGCCAACGCCUACGAACCACUGCAGAGCAACUCGGGCUUGCGAGUACUUGGACGUGUACCCACGGCCAACGAUCAAGUACGCAUGCCGCCUUCGUACGACGACGAGCAAGUGUUCGAGUACGGGGUACCUGGUAGGGUGCGGCGCGGUGUGACCUACGUUCAGGCGUGGUGCUCGUACGGAGUACCGAGUGAUGCGAGUGAUUACGCGGCCUUGACCGCCAGCACGUUGCCUGCUCCUGCUCGUGAUGCCUUCACUCCUGUUUCAGCAUCCCAUGCUUGGCAGCCCUUGAGCUCGACUCGCCUCGCUCCGCGUCCUUUGGGCACGGCACCUCCAUCACCCACCGUCCGCGUCCCCCGCCCGCGUCGCCGUGGACGACGGUCCCGCCGCCGGUGCCGGAGCCGUCCCGUUGGCCGCUCUCUCCCGUCCGUUACGCCAAUGUCGCUCGCCGACCUGCCGCCCGAGCUGUGCGUCUCCGUCCUCAAACGGCUCUGCCUCGCCGACCUGCGCUCCGUGGCCGUCGUCGGCCGUCCGUUGGCCCUCCUCGCCGAGCCUCUGCUCUACGCGGCCGUCGAGGUGGCCUGGUCCGGCCGUGAGGCGGCCCCCUUGGCCUCGUUGCUGCGGAGCUUGGUCCGGGAGCCCGAGCGACGCGGCCACGUCCGCAGCCUGCGUCUCGUGGGCAACGUCGAGGACGAGUUCGAGGCCGACGAGCUGCCCGAGCUCGACGCCGCGGCCUUUCCCGUCGCCGGCAUGGCCGCCUUUGUCCGGUCCACGGCCGUGCCGCACGCGGAUCGCUGGGUCGACGAGCUGCGGUCCGGCAGCGUCGACGCCGUCGUCGCCGUCCUCGUCGCCAUGCUGCCCAACCUCGCCGAGCUCCACCUCGGUGCCAACUUCACCGUCGACAACGGCCUCCUGGGUGAGAUGCUUCGCCGUGCCGUCUGCGAGCCGUCCGAGCACCCGCGGCUGCCCACCUUUGCCGCCCUUGGCCGCGUCGACUUCUCCCGCCGCGCCGACGAAUGCUACCGCCGCGAGGCGAGCAACUCCGCCGACGUCCUCCCCCUGUUCUACCUGCCGAAUGUUCGUCACCUUGCCGUGUCCGUCGACAACCCGUCCGAGUUCGCCUGGCCCGUAUCCGCGCCGCCGACGCCCUCGUCCGUGACCGAGCUCGAGCUCCGCCGGCUACGCGAAUCACGCCUUCGGCCCCUCCUCGCCGUCCUCGUCCAUCUCCGACGUCUGCACUGGCACUGGUAUUACCAAGAGGAUCUGGACGAGCCCGUGAGCGCUCCCGUCGUCGAGCUCGACACCAUCGCCGCCGCCCUCUCCGCCGUUCGUGCGACCCUCACGCACUUGACCAUUCGCGCCGACACGUGCCCGGCCUUCUCCUACGGCGCCUACGAUCCGCCGCGACUGCGGACGCGAGCUUCGCUGGACGGAUUGGCCGAGCUCGGGAUCCUGACGAGCCUCUGCAUCCCCUGGGCCUUUGUCGCCGGCUUCUCCAAGCACGCGGCGAAACCGCUCGAUCGUGCCCUGCCGCCGAAUCUCGAGAUGCUCGCCUUGACGUCCGACCUGUGCCACCACGACGAGUGGCACUGGGACGACGGCUCCAUCGUUCUGGCCGUCCAACGCGCGCUCGAGAGCCGGCCCGAGCCGCCUCGGACGAAGCUGCGUACCGUCGUCCUGCCGCUCCCCGUCGGCCACGGCGAGCUCGCGGCCGAAUGGAUGCGGGCGCUCGCGCGCAUCGGCGCCGACGCCGGCGUCGACCUACGAUUGCCGUCGUCGUAG